UCAGCCUCGCGGGCGCUCUCUGUUUGGAGCGCAAAUAGCUGGAGAGCGGAUGGGCAGGAGCCUGGCGUGCUGUAACGUGUGUACUUGCGCCGACGCGACGCCUCUCACGAUACUGCUUCUCAACAGGAGAAUCGAAACCGAAGCAAUCAUGCCGCACUUGUUGCUGUCCAUGCCGAGAUUGUGUACGCCGACCUGACGCGUCACCCUACAUACGUGUGUAUCCCGGUCCCAGCGAACCCUGGUAUAAGUACGACCUGGAGUGACUCGCAGUCACUGCAUCAAGAGGGUCAAAGAUGCUGUUAUUCACCAUCAUCGACCAAAUGUUCCCGCCCAAGGCGAAGUGGACGCCGAAGGACAUACCUGCAUUGGACGGGAAGGUUUUCAUCGUGACAGGUGGCAAUACAGGCAUUGGAAAGGAGACAUGCAAAGAGCUUCUGCUGCACGGAGCCGAAGUUUGGCUGAGCGCGCGUUCUGAGACCAAGGCUAAUGCAGCGAUUGCUGACCUCGAGCGCGAAACUGGACGGCGCGCACAGUUCCUGCAGAUGGAUCUCGGGGACUUACCCAAUGUCAAGAAGGCAGUCGAGGAGUUCAAAUCCAAACAGACCCGCCUGGAUGCUUUAAUUGCCAACGCCGGCGUCAUGAUACCACCGAUUGAGCAGUUGACCGCACAAGGCUAUGACUUGCAGUUCGGCACAAACGUUCUGGGUCAUUUUCUACUCAUUAAGCUGCUCUUGCCCCUCCUUCGCUCAACCGCAACCUCUGCGCAAGACUCGUCGUACCGCACCCGAAUUGUCUGGGUCUCAUCGUCUGCACCGUAUUAUUUCAAUCCUCCAAUUCGGUACGACACCCUCACCGACACGCGCCAGCGCAAGAAACUAGGGACCAUGCAGCUGUAUGCUCAAAGCAAAAUGGCGACUUGUAUGCUGACGUUUAAGCUCGCGAAACUCCUUGAGGGUGAUUAUGGCGCCAAUGGACGGGUCAUCGCACAUGUCGUUGAUCCCGGAAACAUUCGGACAGAUCUCCAGCGUCACACCAACCGCAUCCAGCAUCUCUUGAUCGGAUGGCUUCUUUCCCCGACGCCCAUGGGUGCCUAUUCACAACUCUACGCUGCUACGAGCCCGGAGGCAGGAGAGGAGAACGGGAAGUACUAUUAUCCGUGGGCGAGGACUACCAAAACCGCAAAGGAAGCGUACAAGACGAACGAGCAGGACAAGGUCUGGGACUGGUGCGAAGAGCAGAUCAAGCCGUAUCUUUGAUCAAUAUUUCCGCGAUAUCACGCCGGUAUGGACACCCUAUGGAUCAACAUACCAUUGCUUUUCCUUGUUUAUCGCCACUACAUCCCUUGAAUCCUUCGCAGCAAGAGCUUGCAGAGAUGCUAGCCAGGUGUUGGUAUAUUCAGGUUCACCUUUGCUAUUCACUUGGAUGUAUCCCUUUCCCUAUGUAAAUAACGACAGUGCAUGGAGUCAGUUUUCGCUAUGGAUAAUCGAUACCCGCU